AUCAGAUCACGUGACUUCAAUGUGGAGCAGCAUAGAAAGGAGCUGUUGUCUUCCUCUGUGCGCCGUCUCUUUCACCGAGAAGACACCGGAGGAGGACUGCAGCGAUGUGCACCAGCGUUCAGCCCACCGAGUGGACCAGUGAUCUCAAGAAUCAGAAUUUUGAUGGCAUCGUCUUGGUGGCACAGAGCCACGAGUCCCUCCCCACUAAGCUGGAGUCCCUGAAGGCCCCUCUGCAGGACUACAACUCUGUGGACUCUGGCUUGGCAGAGGACGUGGUGAUCCUCAAGGUUCCUGGUCUCCCUGGUAACCGCCUCGUGUAUUCCUCCACCGGCCCUGUGAACCGCGACUAUGAUGACGCCAGACGUUUCAGCGACGCAGCAUUUAACGGCAUCAAGCGAGCCCUGAAAGCUGGCAUGCAGCGGCCUCUGCUUGUGUGUCCCCCACACCGGGAUUACAGCAGCAGCCCCUUGGUGGCUGCUCUGGGGGCUCUUCAUGCUCUAUACAUGCCACUCGAGUUGCGGGAGACAAAGAUCAACGCAUCGCAGUACAAGGUGUGCGUCCUGGGGCUGUGGGCCGAGCAGGAGGCCGAGGGAAAGAGGCUGGUGGAGCUGGCGAAUGCUCUGGAGAGCGGGAGACUGGCUUACCGCGACAUUGGCGGCUCGGACCCCGAACGCAUGGCUGCUCCUCGCGCGGCUGAAUAUGUGCAGGAGCUGUUCAAGAACAGCCCUGUGAAGGUGGAGGUGGUAAGUGACCUGAAGACAUUGGAGAAAGAGUAUCCAUGCCUGGCUGCAGUUAACCGCUGUGCAAACAUCGUGCCUCGUCACCAGGCCCGAGUCAUCAAGCUGCAGUACUGUGGGGAGGGACCGGUCCAGAAGACGCUCAUGCUGGUUGGAAAGGGCAUCACUUACGACACAGGAGGAGCAGACAUCAAGGCUGGAGGCUUCAUGGCCGGGAUGCACAGGGACAAGUGUGGAGCUGCAGCUGUUGCUGGGUUCUUCCAGAUUUUAGCUCACCUGCAGCCAAAGCAUCUGAAGGUUGUUGGCUCGAUGGCCAUGGUGAGGAACAGUGUGGGUGCAGACUGCUAUGUGGCUGAUGAGCUGGUGGUGUCCCGCGCUGGUCGCAGAGUGAGGGUGGGAAACACCGAUGCGGAGGGACGCAUGGUGAUGGUGGACCUGCUCUGCGAGAUGAAAGAGAAGGCCCCGCGGGAGAUCUCCCCUCACCUGUUCACGAUUGCCACUCUGACCGGUCACGCAAUCCGAGCCAUGGGGCCCAACUACUCUAUCAUCAUGGAUAAUGGGCCAGCUCAUCGCAGUGGGAACGCCGCUCAGUGGCAAAAAGCUGGAGAGGUUCUAGGUGAUGUGUUUGAGGUCUCCACGAUCAGACGGGAGGACUAUGAGUUCCACAAGGGCAAGUCUGAGUAUGAGGACAUUCUGCAGGCCAACAACCUGCCAUCCUCCGCUACGCCUAGAGGACAUCAGAGCCCCGCUGCUUUCCUCAUCAUGGCCUCGGGACUAGACAAGCAUGGUGUAGAUUCUGACACCCCUCUGCCAUACUCCCACAUUGACAUUGCUGGGUCCAGUGGUCCUUUCCCGGGUGUUCCAACAGGGGCUCCUGUGCUUGCCAUGACAACCAACUACAUCCUUAAAGAUGGUCUGAAUUAAAAAUCUGAAAAGGCAAAGUUGUAUUUUCCAAGUACAGUAUUACAAAAAAAAAAACUAUCUUUAACAUCACAAAUGGUUAUUUCUCCUCCUUUGUUUACAACUUUAAGCUCUCUUCCUGUCAAAAGCCUGUUGGUUUGCUUAAAUGGGUUAUAUACUCAGGGGUUGCUUACAAAAACAUUUCAUUUUGUGAGCAUUAAAAGUAUUUGGAAAAAGCUUCUUUUUUUUUUAAACUUCCUGUUGUUCGUGUCACAUCAAGAACUGCACAUUGCCUAAUAAAGGUUUUUACAGCAA